CCAAACCCCCAAACUUAGAAACUCAUCCGCAGGAUCGGGAUGGCAUCUGAUCCCUUAAUUCAAGUGGUUUGGGGUCGGUUCACCGUCUUGCCCUAAGGUUCAGCCAGCCUCAAGCUGGGUAAGCAGCAGACAGCCUAAAGGCAGGACGUCCAGUCUCAGUAGAUGGAGACUUUGAUUAGCUGUCCCUUGGGCUCUCCCCGUCUAGGUUUGUUGACCCUGCUGCAAUUUGUGACCCUGAGCUGCAUUUCUUCCUCGGAAACUCUCAUUGCUCCGUCGUUGGUGCCCCGGGUCAAAUCUAGCUACAAUUUUGGCCGGACUUUCCUGGGACUUGACAAAUGCAACGCCUGCAUCGGGACAUCCAUUUGUAAGAAGUUCUUUAAAGAAGAAAUCAGGUUUGACAACUGGCUUGCUUCCCACCUCAAACUCCCUCCGGAUUACUACUCCACUUACCCUGCAAACUACUCCGAUGAUACCAAAAGCUGGCGCCCAGUAGAGAUUUCCAGGCUAAUAAGUAAAUACCAAAAUGAACUUUCUGAUAGGAGAAUCUGUGCAUCGGUUUCUGGUUCAAAGAACUGCAGCAUUGAGAGAGUCCUGAGGAAAACAGAAAGAGUCCAAAAAUGGCUGAAGGCCAAGCGCCUCACUCCAGACCUGGUGGAGGGUCUGCCUAGCCCAAUGCUGCGAUGUCCCUCACAGAGGCUUUUAGACCGCAUUGUCCGGAGAUACGCUGAAGUGGCAGAUGCUGGCAGUGUCUUCAUGGAUCACUUUACUGACCGGGACAAGUUGCGCCUUCUCUACACGCUUUCCAUCAAUGCCCAUCCCAUCUUGUUACAGAUUUUCCCGGGGGCAGAGGGGUGGCCCUUGCCCAGAUACCUAGGCUCCUGUGGCCGAUUCCUGGUCAGCACCAGCACACAGCCCCUGGAGCAGUUCUACGGCUCACCUGCAGACCAGGCAGCUGACUUGGCGUACCAGCUCCUUGGCAUCCUAGAUUCCCUGAGGAACAAUGACUUGAACUAUUUCUUUUACUUCACCCGCAUUGAUGCUGGCACGUUUGGCAUUUUUGACAAUGGGCAUCUGUUCAUCCGAGAUGCCAGCACAGUGGGAGUCAUUGACAAGCAGCAAGGUAGCCCGACUCUAGACAGCCACCAAGAAUACAAAGACAUAUUUAGCUGCCUGGUGUUAGACUGCCGAUCUCCAUUUCCUUCUUGCAACACAGUCAAGGAGAAACAGAGCCUGGUGAUGGUCUGUCAGCAGCUCCUGCCCCAGCUGCUCAAAGGGAAAUUCCCCCAGCCCAGACAAGAGGAGAUAGACGCUGCUCUGGCUCUUUGUGGGAACCCCUUGCUCUCAGACCAGGAGGUGAUCAGCGCGGCCAGCAGGCUGAAGGGCAUCUUGAAACCACUGAGAAUCUGUGACCCUCGUUUUGCUUACCGUUAUCCAGACUGCAAAUACAGCGAUAGGUACUGAGAAGACGCAGCCUCACUGGGGGAAGAUGCAGGAACACCCGGUGCCUACUUGCUCAGAAAGGACUGUGGCGGAAGUGCUUAAUAAAGGCCUGGGGGUCCCACCAUGGUUUACAUGCUUAGGGAGCCCAACAGCAGUGAAACCUCCUUGUUCUUGUGUCUCUCUGAGUGCCUGAUGAUUGACGUUUAAUUUUAAAGAGUAGGAAUAUCAGGUUUAAAGCAUCCCAUUUUCUAGGAUUAGGAAAGUUCCGGAUUACCAGAGCUGAAGACGAUAGGUUCAUAAAGCUGCAAAGGACCUUUGAGGUCAUCUGAUUUUGCAGAUGAGGAAACUGAGGCCCAUGUAGAUGGGUCUCGCUUAUACAAAUGUCAUCUUGGCAGUAAACCCACUGCGCCACACUUCCACCACAUGAAAAAGCCAGGUGGUGCAGUGGAUAGAGCGAUCUCAGACACUUGCUAGCAAGUCACUUAAUGGCUGCCUGCCUCAGGCUUCUCAUCUGUAACAUGGAGAUAAUAACAGCACCUGGGCAGCUAGGUGGCGCCACAGUGGAUAGACUCAUCUUCCUGAGUUCAAAUCCAGCCUCAGACACUUACCAGCUGUGUGACCCUGAGCAAGUCUCUUAACCCUGUUUGCCUCGGUUUCCUCAUCUGUAAAAUGAGCUGGAGAAGGGAAUGGCAAACUGCUCCAGUAUCUCUGCACCAAGGAAACCUCAAAUGGGGUCAUGGAGAGGCAGACACGACUGCAAACAACUCAACAGCAACAACCAACAAUCGCACCUGCCUCCCAGUGUCACAUGGGAGAACAUUUUCACAGCGCUUAGCUUAGCAAACCUAAGCGCUCUGUAAGUACUAGCUAUUAUUCUGGUGGUCAUUAUUAUUAAAUGGUAAAGUCAAUAUUCACCCAUGUUGUCUGACUCCGAAUCAAGCACCCUUUCCUGUAUGUCAUGACACCUCAAUUCUUUACCUGGCCACUG